AUGGCGUCCACACCCAAGCCGUCGCUCUCGACCCGGAAGUACAUCCAAUGGGGCACCACGUUCCCCACGGAGAACACGUCGACCAAGGUGCUGACGUCGCCGGCGCCGCACCGCUCCUUCGUCGACGUGCGCCUGCUGCUGGUGCCGCUGUCGCGGGAGCCGCCGCCGCUGCGCGACCUGGCGCGCCACGUCGACUGGGCCUUUGCGGGCUCGGCGCUGCACCGCGACGGCGACGACCGGCAGGGCCGCCCGCCCCACGACGUCUUCCGCCACUGGGUCGACUCGCGCCACCCCGACGCCGCCGCCGUCGUCGACGAGGGCGACUUCUUCCCCGGCCCGGGCCCGGCCGAGUCCCUCGAGCGCGGCGUCAUGGUCAACCCGGCCUCCGGCCGCCCGGAGCCGUACGAGGAGUGCUGGAUCGACGGGCUGGCCGGCGCCGCCGCUAGCCAUGCCGGCUGGGUGCUCAGGUGGGAGGACGGGGAGGCGGACGCCGCCGCCGCCGGCAAGGGGAUGAUGGUCCGCGUCGGCGCCGUGGUGCAGGGCGUGCUGCGGGCCGGGGACGAGGUCGGCGUGGGCCGGUGGGAGCUGGGGGGCGAGGGCGAGGGCGCGGGCGAGAGGAAGGCCGUGGCCGAGGUCGGCCGCGUGCAGAGGUUCUACAUGGGCGACUGGGACGGCUUGACGACGGGGCAGGAGGUCAGGGCCGAGGACGGGCAGAAGUGGGUGUGCGUCGAGUCCUGGUGA